AUUGAUUUAUUCACGACACAGACAUUUAUCAGUGCUUUCCAGAGAUAAAAGCAUCCCACCCCCACCGCAGAGCCCAAGGUCUGGGAACCAGGAAGGGAUGCAGGGGUAGAGGUUGGCACUGAGACUUAUUGGGCCAGGCCAGGGAGAGCAAGGCAGCGACACGGCCCCGAAACCCCCAGACGCACGCGCCACCCGCGCCUCCCCAGCGAGGGCCCCCCUGGCCAUGUUCUUCAGUGGGCAUACUUUUGGGGCCCGUCCUGAGCUCGGUCACUGAUGUCGACGGCCGCCUGGGGGCGCUCGAGCCGCUGGCCGAGCGAGUGACGUCAUUUGUCGGAGGCGGUUCGGCCAAGCCUCCCUCGCCCCCCGGCGUCGCCUGACGUCGCUGCGCGACCCGGAAGCGCCCACACGUGUACUCCGUGCUCUGUGCCUGGUCCUUUUGCCGGACUGCUGCUGGCCAUGGGUCGCUCCCGCCGGACAGGCGCGCACCGAGCGCACUCCCUAGCCCGGCAGAUGAAAGCGAAGCGGCGGCGGCCGGACCUGGAUGAGAUUCAUCGCGAGCUGCUGCAGCAGGGACCCGCACGGCCCCAGCCCGACCCAGACGCCGAGCCGGACCCCGACCUGCCAGGGGGCGGCCUGCACCGCUGUCUGGCCUGCGCGAGGUACUUCAUCGAUUCCGCCAACCUGAAGACCCACUUCCGAUCCAAAGACCACAAGAAAAGGCUGAAGCAGCUGAGCGUCGAACCCUACAGUCAGGAAGAGGCGGAGAGGGCAGCGGGUAUGGGAUCCUAUGUGUCCCCGAGGCGUCUGGCAGUGCCCACAGAAGUGUCCACCGAGGUCCCUGAGAUGGACACUUCUAUCUGACAUGGCCUGAGGAUGCAGGGCAAAGGAGUUGCUCAUGGACAGUGACGCAAGGACUAGGCUGGGAGGGCGUGUGCCAGCCCCUUUUGGCCCUGGGUUUGUGAAGCGGAUGGCCUCUUCUGGGUGCCCUGCCCCCAAUAAAGGAACUGGACAAAGAGA